AUGUUCAUGCCAAAGCUUUUAAGGACAAAUUCUUUCACAGAUUUAAAACUCAGGCUUAUUUCUGAUAGAUCCGAAGAUGGCCGUGUUUACAACAAACCUACUGUCUCAGAAGUGGCUGCACUCAUUAUGGGAGACAUUGAUUCUGCUGAUAAAAGGGACAUCUUAAUUCAGCGCCGCAAUGGUGGUUUGCAACGAAUAGAUGAGUUUCACCCAGCAUAUUUGGCUUAUCAGUAUCCUCUUAUAUUUCCUUAUGGGGAAGAUGGUUACAGGAAAAAUAUAAUGCACAGAUAUCGCCAUGAAACUAAGGUCACUAGGAGAAACCGUCAAAGCAUUAAGGAUUGGUUUUCUUACCGGUUACAACAACGUCGCAAAGAGGCAAAAACACUACUUUACUCAAGACGCCUAUUUCAACAAUUCUUAGUCGACGACUAUGCUAUGAUGGAAUCCGAACGACUGAAUUGGUUGAGAGAUAAUCAAUCGAAAUUAAGAGUGGGCAAAUAUAAUAAUUUGGCCGCUCAAACUGAUGGCGAUACAAGAAAUGAACACCAAAAGCGAGGAAAACGAGUUGUUCUGCCAUCAACAUUUGUUGGUAGCAAGAGAUAUAUGGAUCAACUAUAUUUUGACGGUAUGGCCAUUUCAAGUCGAUUGGGAUUCCCUGAUUUAUUUGUUACUUUUACCUGCAACCCAAAUUGGCCUGAAAUUAAAAGAGCAUUGUCAGGCACAGGUCUACAACCCCAUGGUAGGCCAGAUAUCAUUUCAAAAGUUUUCAAAAUAAAGUUUGAUACCCUCAUGGAUGAUAUUACAAAACACCAUGUCGUUGGAAAAGUGAUUGCAUAUAUGUACACCAUUGAAUUCCAAAAGCGCGGAUUGCCACAUGCUCACAUCUUGAUAUUCCUACACCCUCAGAGCAAAUACCCAACACCAUCUGACAUAGACAAGAUCAUUUCUGCUGAAAUUCCCGACCCGACUGUUCAUCCCAAUUUAUACAAAUUGGUUAAGGCACAUAUGAUGCAUGGACCCUGUGGCCUUGCUCGCGUGACCUCACAAUGUAUGAAGAAUGGACGAUGUUCUAAAUACUAUCCCAAAAAGUUUAUUGAACACACUAUUGUUGAUGCAGAGGGAUAUCCGCUGUAUAGGAGAAGAUCAAAAACCUUCACUAUUGAAAAAAAUGGCUAUGACAGAAUAACAACAGCAGUUUCAACAAAUAGCAAUCAACCUGUUGAUGAGAUCCAACAAUAUCUCGACUGCAGGUAUGUCUCACCCAGUGAAGCAUGCUGGCGCAUUUACUCUUACAAUAUUCAUGGCAGAAAACCAGCUGUGGAACGUAUGUUCUAUCAUUUGGUUGGGGAGAAACCUAUAUACUAUACAGAUUAUGCACGCAUGGAAAAUGUGCUGGAAACUGCAAGUGUGACUGAAUCAAUGUUUACUGCAUGGCUGGUAGCAAAUGCUAAAUAUGAAGAGGCACAAACAUUAACUUAUGGUCAAUUUGUCUCAAAGUUUGUUUAUUACAAAAAAAAAAGAGAAUGGAAACCGCAGAAAAAAGGCUUCACCAUUGGACGUCUCAUAUGGGUUCCGCCAACAACUGGUGAACUGUUUUUCCUGCGCAUGAUGUUGACGGUGGCAAAAGGACCAACAACAUAUGAGGAAAUCAGGACCGUGGAUAACAUUCAGUAUGAUACAUUCAGAGAUGCAUGCUUUGCAAUGGGAUUUCUUGAAGACGACAAAGAAUACAUAGCUGCUAUAAAGGAGGCAAGUCAUUGGGGGACUGGUCAUUUUCUUCGAAAACUGUUUGUUAUCAUGCUUUUGUCUGGUGCUGUUAAUCGCCCUGCACAUGUUUGGGAACAAACUUGGCUCCUAUUAUCUGAUGGUGUCUUACAUACACAAAGAGCAUUGGCUGCUAAUCCAGAAUUGGUCCUCACACAAGAAGAGUUACAAAAUUUGACUUUAAUAGAAAUUGAGAAACUGCUUCAGGCAAAUAGAAGGAUACUAAAGGAUUUUAGUCCUAUUCCAUAUCCGGAUGCUUAUGUUCUUGAACAGUUGGGAAACAGGCUCAUAUAUGAUGAGCGUAAUUAUGAUACAGCAUCAAUGAACUCAGAAUUUGAAAAUCUGUUUGCUGCUCUUACAGAUGAGCAAAGAAGUAUUUAUGAAAAAAUCAUCCACGCUGUGGAGUCUCAAAAACCUGCGGUUUUCUUCCUUCAUGGUUAUGGUGGUACCGGAAAAACAUAUAUGUGGAGAACACUCACAGCUGCUUUAAGAUCAAAACACGAUAUAUGUUUAACUGUUGCAACUAGCGGUAUAGCAUCAUUGUUACUUCCAGGAGGUAGAACUGCACAUUCAAAGUUCAGGAUACCGGUACCAACUAUGGACAAUUCUACUUGCAAGGUUGAAUUCAACGAUGAUGUUGCAGACAUGUUACGACAGACAAAGCUUAUAAUAUGGGAUGAGGCACCAAUGGCGCAUAAGUAUGCAAUAGAAUCGCUUGACAGAACUUUGAAAGAUGUUAUGAGUGCAGACAAAAAUUCAACUGAUGUAUUCGGUGGAAAGGUUGUUGUUUUCGGGGGCGAUUUCAGACAGAUUUUACCUGUCGUCCCCAGAGGCAGUCGUUCCGAUAUUGUACACUGUGCCAUAAAUGCAUCUUACAUAUGGCAUUCAGUUGAGCUUUUAAGAAUAGGAGAGGGCCGAAUAUCUGAGCCUAAUGACGGCACCGCCGAAAUCAACAUACCACCUGAUAUUCUGAUAACAGAAUUCGAUGAUCCAAUUGUGGCCAUUGUCAAUACCACAUACCCUGAUUUCAUAAAUAAUUUCCAAUGUGUUGAUUACCUAAAAAGUCGAGCGAUACUUGCCUCUACACUGGAGAUUGUUGAUCAGAUCAAUGACCAUAUACUUAACUUGAUGCCAGUCAACAAUGCAGGAGAGAUUCGUGACUACUACAGCGCAAAUUCAGUUGACAAGUCUGAGAUUCAUGACCCAGCAGUAGUUGAUAUCCUCACGCCAGAAUUUCUAAGUUCCCUCCGAACAUCAGGAUUGCCAAACCAUCACUUAAAACUAAAGGUUGGGACACCUAUAAUGCUCAUGAGAAAUAUAGAUCAAGCUGAAGGUUUGUGUAACGGCACAAGGCUGUGUAUAACAAAGAUGGCAGCCCAUGUAUUGGAGGCUUCAAUAAUGGGUGGUAAAGGUUUGGGAAAUUUGGUUUACAUACCUCGAAUGGAUAUGUCACCAUCCCAAUCACCAUGGCCAUUCAAACUGAAUAGGAGACAGUUCCCUAUUAUAGUUUCCUAUUCUAUGACAAUUAACAAAUCACAGGGACAGUCAUUGGAUAACGUUGGUUUGUACUUACCGAAAGAUGUAUUCACACAUGGCCAGAUUUAUGUCGCAUUGUCAAGAGUAACAACAAAAAAGGGAAUCAAAAUACUGAUACAUGAUGAAGAAAAGAAAUUCAGGGAAAAAACUACAAAUGUUGUGUAUAAGGAAGUUUUUAACAAUGUCUAA